AUGGCAUCAGAACCCCCCGCCAAAAAGAAGUGCCUGGGCUCCGACUGCAGCAAUGAGGCCGGCGCCCUGCAGUGCCCGACAUGCUUGAAGCUCGGCAUCAAGGACAGCUUCUUCUGCUCCCAGGAGUGCUUCAAGAGGAACUGGAGCGAGCACAAGAGCAUGCACAAGACGCAAAGUAAUCUCCUCCACCACUUCGUUGCCCCGAAAGCAAUCUCACCAGACGCAGUCACCGGAUACUACAACCCCUUCCCGAGCUUCCCCUUCGCCGGCCCGCUGCGCCCCGUCUAUCCGCUGUCCGAGCAUCGUACCGUGCCCAAGUCGAUCCCCCAUCCCACCUGGUGGCAGGACGGCGACCCCAAGUACAGCCGGUCCCUCAUCAACCGCAACAAGAUCGACAUCCACGAUGCCAAGGGCAUUGCCGCCAUGCGCAAGGUCUGCCGGCUGGCGCGCGAGGUGCUCGACCUUGCCGCGGCCGCGGCCAAGCCCGGCGUCACCACCGACUACAUUGACGAGCUCGUCCACAAGGCUUGCAUAGAGCGCGAGUCGUAUCCCUCACCUCUAAACUACAACCACUUCCCCAAAUCCUGCUGCACGUCCGUCAACGAGGUCAUCUGCCACGGCAUCCCUGACCAGCGCGUGCUGCUCGACGGCGACAUCCUCAACAUCGACAUCAGCUUAUACCACGGCGGAUACCACGCCGAUCUCAACGAGACGUACUACAUUGGCGACAGGGCCAAGGCUGACCCCGACAGCGUGAGGGUGGUGGAGGCGGCGCGCGAGUCUCUCGACGAGGCCAUCAAGGCCGUCAAGCCCGGCGUCCUGAUCCGCGAGUUUGGCAACAUUAUCGAAAAGGUGGCCAAGCAGAAGGACUGCAGCGUCAUCAGGACGUACUGCGGCCACGGCGUCGGGAAGCUCUUCCACUGCCCGCCCAACGUGCCGCACUACGCCAAGAACAAGGCCGUCGGCGAGUGCAAGCCCGGAAUGACCUUUACCAUUGAGCCCAUGGUUGCGCUGGGCAAGUACAGGGACAUUACGUGGCCCGACAACUGGACGAGCACAACCAUUGACGGAAAGCGAACGGCUCAGUUUGAGCACACUCUUCUCGUCACCGAGGACGGCUGCGAGAUUCUGACGGCACGGCUGCCCGAUUCGCCCGGAGGCCCGGUUCCCAUGCCGGAGAAGAAGGUGGACGGGGCGGCGGCUUGA